AAGCCUUUUCCUUGUUUGCAGGACAAGGAUGAGUUUGUUUGGAUCAACAUCAGGGUUUGCUACUGGAGGUACCAGCAUGUUUGGCAGCACGACUGCAGAUAACCAUAAUCCCAUGAAGGAUAUUGAAGUAACGUCUCCACCUGAUGACAGCAUAUCUUGUCUGGCAUUUAGUCCGCCAACAUUGCCGGGUAAUUUCCUGAUUGCAGGAUCAUGGGCAAAUGAUGUUCGCUGCUGGGAGGUUCAAGAUAAUGGACAGACGAUUCCGAAGGCUCAGCAGAUGCACACAGGGCCUGUACUUGAUAGCUGCUGGAGUGAUGAUGGGAGUAAAGUAUUUACUGCUUCCUGUGAUAAAACUGCCAAAAUGUGGGAUCUCAACAGUAAUCAAGCUAUUCAGAUUGCACAACAUGAUGCUCCUGUGAAAACUAUCCAUUGGAUCAAAGCACCAAAUUAUAGCUGUGUGAUGACAGGAAGCUGGGAUAAAACUUUGAAGUUCUGGGAUACCCGUUCACCAACACCUAUGAUGACAUUGCAACUCCCUGAAAGAUGUUACUGUGCAGAUGUGGUUCAUCCUAUGGCUGCUGUGGCCACUGCGGAAAGGGGUUUGAUAGUUUAUCAGUUAGAGAAUCAACCUUCUGAAUUUAGAAGAAUAGAAUCUCCUCUUAAACACCAGCAUCGCUGUGUUGCUAUUUUUAAAGACAAAGUGAACAAACCUACUGGAUUUGCCCUUGGAAGUAUUGAAGGAAGAGUUGCUAUUCAUUAUAUCAACCCCCCAAAUCCUGCAAAAGAUAAUUUCACUUUUAAAUGUCAUCGCUCCAAUGGAACAAACACAUCAGCACCUCAGGAUAUCUAUGCU